GUCGAUUUGUCAGUUUUACGUCAAACAAAACGCUCAAAACAAAUCAUUGCGAGUAUAAUUUUAACUCCGAAAUAGGUUUAAAGUAUUUUCUCGAAAUGCUUACUUUGUGGAAUUUGUUUGAAGCCACAUUACUUUGUCUUAAUGCAGUCUGCGUACUUCACGAAGAAAGAUUUAUGCAAAAAAUGGGAUGGGGAGCUCAAAGUCACAGUCAAGGAUUUGAAGAUCAGUCAACAGUGAAAUACCAGAUCUUGAACUUAGUUAGGUCCAUAAGAACAGUGACAAGAAUUCCGCUGAUUCUACUAAACAUACUCACAAUCAUAUUCAAGUUACUAUUGGGAUAGAGUUAAAGAAGAAGCAAGAUUUAUAACAAAAACCCAAAAAAACUGCUGCUUUGGUAGCAUGCCAGCGUUUAUUAUUAUGGUUGACAUAGUUUUAGUAACUAAAAGACGCACCAUGCCUUUAUUUCGGGAUUAAUGUAAUUCUCUCCCACUUCCUUUAUGCAUUUAUUAAAAUUUCAACCCAAGCUUUAGCUUUAGCAUCCAAUGAUUAGUCAGGGCUCUGUGUCUGUUAGGGGCCAAAGGUCUCAUUUUGUUGAUAUGGAGUUUUUAGAGUCCCCGGCAAGCUCGGCUGAAUUUCACCUUCCCAUACAAAUGGAGUUUCAUUCUCAUUUUAAACUAUGUGUUGGAUUGUAAUGAAACUUUGCACAUACAGUGACAUGAGGAAUAUCUAGGUCUAUAAUUAGUUUAUAUAGCUCCAGUUGAUAAAUGAAAUAGAGCAAAAACGAGUUUUGUAUGAAAAAUUUAAAUUCGCUGUAUUUUUAUAACUAUUGUAUCUGAAGCUACAUAAACUAAUUACAGACAUAGAUAUGCCUUAUCCUAUUCCAAGUACAAAGUUUCAGAGCAAACUAGCAAUCGUUAUAAAUUUAAAAUGCAAAUGUAACUAUGUUUGUGUGGAGAACCGUAACCAAAACUAUAUCUUAUAUGCUGUCUAUUGCUAAUAAAAUAAAGCUGAUACAUUAAUUUGUAAAGUAGCACAUCCUAUUACAGAAGUUCCACCUGAACUAAAGGGUUGUUAUCAGAAUAACCUGCAAAGUUUUAUGAUCUUACAUUGAACAAAAUCAACAAUAACCACUAGCAUGCUAUCUUGUCAGAAGUAAAAGUGAAGUGUCUGUAAUCAUAAGAACAAAUAUCAUAUCU